CCAGGUGUGAGAGCCGUAGUGAAGUAUCGUUCGCGGUGACAUCUUGUCGAGACGGAGCGGUUGAUGCUGCCAGCCGCGACAAGUUGAAGCCGAAAGCGCAGAUGAAUAAUCUUUGUUGUUUAAGGACAACUGCACCCUCGACAAUCGUGACCCUACAAGUUGUCUCUCUCUCUCCAACACCUCCAACGGAGACGAGAUCUUAACAUCCCCUAUUACUUCAAUCAGGCGCAACUGCUUCCGCGGGUCGGAAGUCCCGUCCCAUGCUCGAAGAAUUGAAGGAGAUGUACAAUGCAGUCGCGCCCUGUUCUCUUCGCCUUCACGCACGUCCAGUUCGUCCGUCAGCAUGAGCGGUAACAACCCUUAUGCCGUUAACGGCUAUGGACGUCCUCGUCAGUCCAGCGAGUCGAACCCAUACGCUCCGACCAAUGCUCCCAACACUGUUUCUGGUGGUCGUUACGCCGAUCCCUAUCUGAACCAGCAACACAAUGUCUCGUCUGCUUCCAUCUCCAGCUUCGGCUCUCAUGAACGCAGGCGGAGGUCGAAUCCCUAUGACCAGCGCGAUCGAGACUCGCCUGGACCGCCCUCCUCGGGGCGCGCUGGUUCUGGAGGAGGAGGGUAUGGCGGACUCCCCCGUCCAAGAUAUGCAGAUACAAACCUAGCACCGCAGCCCGAGUACGAGACCGGGCGGAUAAGGACCCCUCAAGACUACGAACAAAGGCCCCCGCGACCCCCAACGCGAGAACGGGAGCGGGCCUACUAUGAGAGCAGAAACCGGGAGGGAAGCGGCGUAAGUGCUACUAUGCCUCCGCCGCCGACAAUGCCUUCGAAGCCUUCUGUGUCCGGUUUGAACCAGCAGAACAUGGCCAACGGUCAAGGCAAUCAAAAUUACCCACCUCCAGUUCCUCAAAGUUCUGCCCGACAUUAUUCGCCGCGUCGGCCACCCAAGAGCAUGGAUGAAAUCCUGCGUCACAUCCAAUCGGACUGGAAGGAAAUGGAAGGCGACGAAUGUAUCCCGGUUAAGAUGGCCUUAAGGCUUAUGGAUCCGAGUUCCUUGGGACUGGCCGAAAAAGAAGGGGAUUUUACCAAUACGCAUGUGGACUUGCAAAAGAGCUUGAAGUCGGUCGUCAAUGAACACUAUGCAGACUUCAACAGCGCGGUGGGCACCUACCACAAGAUCCAGAACGCCAUCAAGGAGAGCCAGAUCCGCGUCAGAAUGCUUAAAUGUGGUUUGAUGAACGUCAGAGGUGGGAUGCUGACGACUAGGCCUGAGUUAAGAGGUCUGGCCGAAGAAAGCAGGCAGCUGGAUGAAAUGCUUGUCACCCUAGGCAAUAUUGAGUCCAUAAAGUCGGUUCCUGGAAAGCUCGAAGAGAAGAUCAGCGAGAAGAAAUUCCUCGGCGCUGUGGACCUACUCAUGGACAGCCUGAAGAGCGUCACAAAGAGCGACCUGGAUGGCAUCGGGGCAAUUACCGAUAUCAGAAGCUACUUUGUCAAUCAGGAAAGUACACUUCUGGACAUCCUCGUCGAAGAGUUGCACGAUCAUCUUUACCUCCGCAGCCCAUACUGCAGGGACAGGUGGAAAGGCACAAAAGCCAAUGGUGAAGAAAGAGACCCGAAAGACAAUCUCAUGGGUGUUGGUGUGAAUGCCUGGGACCGACCUUUCAGCCACUACUUGAACAAUGUCGAUGUGACCACGCCGAUGGUUGAAGAUGCAUCCAAGAACCCCGAAGCAGACACAUUUUACUAUAUCCACAUGAUAUUGGAGUCAUUGAACAAACUCGGACAGCUUGGAGAAGCGAUCUCGAGAAUCGAACAACGGAUGCCUGUGGAGUUGUACAAGGUGGUGGAAAGGACAAACGCUGAGAUUGACGCCAAGUACCCCAACCAUCUGAAGGGCAGGUUCAACAACAAAGAAAGCAAAAAGGUUGCGCUCCUUCACGUCGACGACGGCCGAAGCCAAGUGCUCUCGGAUUUUCUCUACACUCUAUACUCCAAAUUUGAAGCCAUCGCAGAGAGCCACCGCGUGCUGCACGAGAUCGUUGCAGGCAUCGCCGACAGGGAGAAGCUUGCCAAACCAGAAAAGUACACUGGUGGUUUUAAAGAAUUAUGGAAGCUUUACCAGAUGGAAAUGCGCUCCUUAUUGCAUGACUAUCUGGCCACCGAUGGCGAUAUGACAAUCAGAUCUAGGCUGACCACCACCACGACCAACGACAUUUUCGCCCGGCCCCAGCGCGAUAAGAACAAAAAGAUGUUCAAGCUGUCCGAAGUGGAUCAAAAAUCAGACUCCAUGAAGGCCGAAGAGGAAGAGCUGGACGAGAUACUCAAGAGCUCGGUGCCAGGUUUAGUCAGCAAAUCUCGCGCCGCCAACGGGUCAGAUGUCGCGCUGGAACGCAGCGGCCAGGACAGCUCAGCGGCCGGCCACAAGCUCCUGAUAGAGCCUGGAGUUUUCAACAUGCCCAUCCUCCUGCCCCCAUCAUUAACUUUCCUACAGCGUCUCAAGGACGUGGUGCCUCCAACAUCGCACAUCCCGAUGAGCACCUUGACAUCCUUCCUGGACGAUUUCCUCUUGAACGUCUUCCAUCCGCAGCUGGAAGAGGCAGUGACUGAGCUCUGCACGCAAUGCAUGAUCGACUUGGACGCCUUUUCUGAGGAUGCACUGUGGUCCAAACAUUCGCCGCACCCCAUUUUCAAAGGCACCGUGUCCUUCAUGGCCUUGAUCCGCGCCUUUUCCGGCAUGUUGAGCUCCAUUCCGCAAGACCAGAUGUUUACACAGCUCAUCCUCAACCAGCUUGUAACCUACUACGACAAAUGCUACGGCUUCUACAAGGCUCUUGUCAGUCGGGUGGCGCCAUCUGAUACUAAUCCACAGGUCAACACCCUGGCUCUGAAGGCCGCAGCUUCGUUCGCGGAGUCAGGGGAAGUUCAUGAUGCCGCUUUGGAAUUGCUCAACUUUGACAAGUCGAGUAGCGGUGCCUCACGGUCGGACCUCAUUUCAAAGGAAGUCCAGGCGUUGCUCGCAGCCACCAAAGCAAAUCCUCUCUCAUCCUACGAUAUCAUCUCUGAUCCUAAAUCCGUUCAUCAGCUCUCCUUGCUCUACAACAGCAUGCAGUGGCUGUCGGCAGCGCUGACACAGAUACGACAGGUCGAAAUAGGCACACAUUCCGGACCAUUACAUGUCCGAACCGGCUCACAAAACAAGAAUGCUCGCCGAUGGACACUGAUCGCCGGUCUGCGCGCGCCCAAUAAAGUGCCGGCUGCGCCGGGUGCGGCGAAUGCAGUCUUCCUCCCUCUGACGUCCGAAACUGCUGUCCCGUUCGACCAGACAGUGUCGUCCUUUCGCAACCUGGGCCAGAUCAGUUUAUUGACCUUACACAUUGAUAUCCGCUGUGGUGUCAUCCAUCAGUUGUCUCGCACACUCACUGGGCCGGGCACGGCCAAUGCAAUGUCGCCUACGGACAACCGAGACUCUUCUAGUCUUCCAAGCCUGGAUUCCGGUCUCUAUCCAUAUGUUCUCUCAGCUCCUCCCAGCUCAGCCUCGCCCCUCGUUCUCGAAUUAAACAAUGACCUGAUCGCUUUCGACUCGAAGAUCGCCGCGUAUUUGGGUUCGAAAGAGCGUGAUUUCAUUCUAGCAGGCCUGUCCAGAUUGGUCGAUCGGUACCUUGUGGUGGCCGCCGAUAAGAUCGGGGUCAUGAACGAAAACGGUGCCGAGCGGUUUAGGAUAGAUGCCAUGGUUGUUCAGCAAAAUCUGCGGGCUGUUUUGGCUAGCACCAGUGCACGAAAGACACAUGAUGCAGAAAGGGACAGUCCUCGGGCUAAAGCUGACGCCACAGGUCUUGGGAUAUCGACAGAGUACUUUGCAGAAGACGACAACGAGGAGGACUCGGGACUGCUGGUGUCCUCCUCAAAAUAUAUCGACCUUUUCCUAUCUGGACCUGAUGCAAUCCUACAGCAUGUUCGAGCUUGCAAGUCUCACAAGGAAGACGUCGGAUAUACGUAUGACGAGUUGAGAACGCUUGUGGAACUAUGGUUCAGCGCUAAGUUGAGGGGUGAGGAUCGAGAGGAGGCCAUAAAGGCGAGAAAGAAUCUGCAGGACGUGCUCCUGGCGCUCGGCGAGGCAAUGUGGGAUUCGUGAUAGGAUGCGAGUGUCAUUGGGAGAGAGUCAAAUACGCGAAUGCAAUCGAAGCGUGUUGCUGUAGAAUAUUAGCAUGGUCGUCUCGCCUCUCGCAGCAAGAUGUGAUGGUAGUGUCCUGUGACAGCUUGGAAGGUCUUGAGCAUCAGCCUUCCAUGCUCUUCUUUCCAAGGGGCUCCACGUGAUUUCUCGGGCAUACAGUCUGUCCACAAAGCAGUGUUUUAUCGCGAUUGCUUUUCUCUCCGGGAAAACUGUACUGCUUUCCUGGCUGUUUGCUACACAGUAGAUCCACGACUGGGGGAGCAUAUCUCAGUCGCCCCUUGAUUUUGCGAUGGAAAUUUCUCGGACGCUCUGGGCAGGAUCGUGGCUCAGAGCGGUGGCAUAUCUUGGUCAAUAAUGCCCAACAAGGACUACUAUGUAGGGGUGUGUUACAGUAGAUGUUGUAUUC